AUGAAUUUUAUAUUGUUUAUUUUUUUAUGUGGGGUUUUUCACCCAGAGAUUAGUGGUACAGAUCCCACCGAUGAGCCCUUACCUGAGCAGCCUGUGGCUGAACAACCACAUAAAGCGGAAGAAGAAAAUAAGGAGAAUACUCCUGCUAAUGAGAAAACUGGCAAUUAUUAUAAAGAUACAAAACACUAUGUGUUUACAACGCAAAAUCCAAAUGGCACACAGUCUGAAAUAUCUGUGAGAGCAACAACUGACCUGAAGUUUUCUCUAAGAAACUAACCAACCCAGAGUCCAAAUGAGCCUGCAUUUUGGACAAUGUUAGCUAAAGCUAUAAAUGCAACCACCAAUGAGGACAACCAACGAGAUCAAUUUUUUCACCCAAUUCCAAACUCUGAUCUGAAUGCUACAGAUGAAGACAACCUGGCAGAACUACAGGAAGCCAAAUUAAAGUUAAUGCUGGGCAUCUUGUUGAUGACCCUCUUCCUUUUUGUCAUCCUCUUGGCAAUCUGUAGUGCCGUGCUGUACAAAAUGAAGACAAUGAAAUAUAAAAAAGCUUGUCAGAGUGGUGAAUACUCUGUCAACCCAGAGCUGGCAACUGGUUCUUACUUUCAUCCAUCAGAAGGCGUAUCAGAUACAUCUUUUUCUAAGAUUGCUGAGAGCAGCACAUUUUGGCGCACCACUUCUUCAGAAUUAAGGAAAUCAGACACAAGGUCAAAAUCUAGGACAACGGACAUAGUUUCCACAGGCUCAGAUGAGACAGGCAUGAAUGAUGAGUCAGACUUAAUUCAGAGUGAGGAACAGAGAGAGGAACCCACUGAUGAAUAGACAACUUUAAUUUUUUUGUCAUAAAAAAUAUCUUGGUGACACUCAUGUUAUGAUUUGGAAACUCUGCUGAGACCUUCAAAUUUUCUGGUGUUUUAAA